UACAACUUAUUUCCCUCAAGGUAUAUUGUAUAAAUUGUUCCUCUUUAAUAUAGACAUGACAAAACCACAAUGGCUUCCAGAAAAUAAUAUUUCCGGAUGUAAACAACUUAUCCGAGAAUAUUGGAUAAGAGAGAAUGCGAUGAAAAAAAUUGAAAUUGAUACUGGCAAUAAUUAUACAAGUCAAAAUGAUUAUCAAAGUUCAACAAAUUCCGAUUAUUUCAAAUAUGAUAAAUCAAAGCCCUCGUAUAACUCCCAUGUUCAAUCUUCCAUAACUUGUAUUGAAUCUUGUGAUCAAUCUAGUCCAUACUCUCAUAUCGAAUCGUUUUCUCGAUCAGGAUCAGAUGUUGAACCUCACAAUUCUGCUACAUCUUCAGAUGAUCGGAUUUUACAAAAGCCGCAAAACAAAGUUGCCGGGAACCUAACCACAAAUAACUCUAUACGUUAUGGAAAAAAUCGUCGAGCUUCUCUUAAAGUAGCCGCAAUAACUGAAAACAAAGAUAAUCUUGAACCAAAUAAUAAUAUUGUAACUUCUAAAGCGCCAGUCACUGAAUCAUCAUCAUCGGCGAAAGGAAAAAAUAAGCUUGACGCAAGAACUGAAACUUUUGUGGCGCAGCCACAACAACAAUCAAGAGUUGAAAGAGUGCAAUUGCAAAGUAAAGAUUCACCAAAAUCGGCUCUUAAUAAAUCAUCAUCAGAGACUACAUCAUCUUCCAUGCAAUCUCAUUCUGCUGAAAAUAAUGAAUUGAGCAGAAAUCUUUCAAUUAACAGCAAUAUAAUAUGGACAGGUAAUAUAAUUAAAGGGUCAUUGGUUCUUUUUGUUGCUUCUGUAAAUAUCACACCAUUUCCCGGAAGAUGUGGCAAUGUAGCAACGCUAGAAAAAAUUGCGAACGAAAAAGUACCAGAACUUUGCAUUCAGCAUUCUAUACCACUGUCAUAUGCAUUAAAUCUAAUUAAAGAUAAAGAGAGUUCUAAAUACUCGGUAUUCGAAAUAAAACAGUCGCAAUCUAUAAAAUCAAGACACAAUGUUUCGGUGGAAAAAACAAUAAUGAUGCGAAGUAAAAUUGUUGGAAUGAUUUGGUUCGAAGAAUAUAAAACGGCGUGGAUUAUCUUUCCUUAUUGCGAUAGAAUAUGCAACCUUUUGAAGUUACCAGAUAAAAAGGAGUUAAAGUUGUUUGCGGUCUCUAUAUCUGUGCCUCCAAGAUUUGAUCCUUUACCGUUAAAUUUUGAGCCGGAUCCUUUAAUAUUGCCGAAUGAUGAUAGAUUUUCAGUGGAAAGAAUAGUUAAAACGAAAGUUUUCCUCCGGCAAACCGGAUAUUAUUCUCAAUUACUACAAUUAUUGAGAACUUGUGAAGAAACAAUUCAUUUUACAUGUUUUGGCAAUGAGGAAUUUCCCGAUGUUCAGGAAUUGCUCUUAGCUAUGAAAGUUUUGGGUGCAAUUUAUGAAGAAAGUUAUAGCGGAAAUAUUUCUUUCGUUUUUGUCCACCUUUUAUUUUUGAAACAAUUACUCUUUAUGCGCAAUUUUAUGGAUUUUAAAAGACUAUUGAAUUGCAAAUUUCUUAUAUUUGGAACUGAUUUGAAAGAAUCUCCUGAACCAAUUCGUUUUAAGGAACACUUACCGAAAGGUACGUAAAUUUAUAAAAUAUUGUAUGUGAAUUUCUCUAAUGCAGUGUUCAAUUAUAUAGGAGGAAUGUUAACGGUUACUACGUAUACGUUUCUACAAGAAGAACAAGUCUCUAGUAGAAUCAUGAGUGUUAUUGAUUAUGUAAUAUUAUUUUUUAUCCGACUAAUUGUUAAUUACUUCAUAAAAUUAUUUUUUUAUCUAAUUGUAUUAAUCCAUUAAUUAGCAACUAAAAACACAAAAUGCUCCUUGGGAUUAUUUGCUAUACGUAAAUGUUACAGAUAAUUUAGCAGAUAUAAGCCAAAGUCAAAACAAUGAACGUGCA